CUCAACUUUCUAAGAUAAUACCAUUCCUAUUGCCGUCCAAGACAGCUUAAACCUCUUGACAAAUGUCCGAAUUCGACGCCCUCCUGGGCAAAUACACCAAGCAAGACAACCCUCAGGUACACGGCGUCAUCUGCAAAUGCGUCGACCGAACCGGAACCGAAAUCUACAGCAAAGUAGCCGGCCACACCAGCCUCGCCCCCGACAGCCCACCUCUCCACGAAGACGCCGUCCUGAAACUCGCCAGCGCGACGAAGCUCAUCACCAGCAUUGCCCUCCUCCAAUGCGUCGACCAGGGCCUCAUCACUCUCGACCAACCCCUCACGACUAUUCUCCCCGAGCUUGACGCGAUCGAGAUUCUGACAGACGUCGUCGGCGGACAAUGCACCUACGCGCCCAGCACCACUCCCAUCACCGCUCGCCAUCUCCUGUCGCAUACUUCCGGACUGGGGUACAGAUUCACCCACCGGCUGUUAGGCCUACGGGCGGAGGCGCGGGCAAACCAGCCCACCUCCCUGCAGGUCACGGAGCGAUAUGCCAUGCCCUUGGUCUUCGAGCCCGGGACGGGCUGGCUGUAUGGAUGUAGUCUGGAUUGGGCCGGGGUGGUGGUCAGUCGUCUGCACGAGGGCAUCUCCCUGGGGGAUUAUUUCGUCGAGCACAUCUGGAAGCCCCUGGGUCUGUCCUCGCCGUUUCCCCGGUUCAAUAUCGCGCGGCACCCCGAGUAUCAGGCCCGACUGAUGCAGGGGACACAGCGGACGGCGGACGGUCGGCUCGAGUCGUUGGAUCGCUGGGCGUUUGACAACGAUGAAGAUCAGGAGGGAGGGUGUGGAUUGGCGGGUACGAGCAAGGAUUUCCUCGCGGUGCUGGCGGAUCUCGUGUCGGAGACGCCGACCCUCCUGGCUCGGUCGACCGUCGCGGAGAUGUUUACCCCCCAGCUGGAGCCGGAGGUGGAUAGCGUGCAGAUCCAGAUGCUGCUGGGGUUGCGGUCGGCGUGGGGGACAGUCGCCGGUCCAAUUGCCGAUGAUGCAGUCAACUAUGGCCUCGGAGGCUUGCUUUGUCUGGGGCCAGUGCCGGAAAUCGGGCAGCCAAAGGGGGUGUUGGCUUGGGGUGGCGCGACGAAUGUCGUCUGGUGGGCAAAUCGCGAGCUGGGCGUCGCGGGCUUCUUUGCCACGCAGCAGGCUCCAUUUGGCAAUCCUACGGCCACGAAGCUGGUCAAUGCGUGGAAGAAGGAUUUCUGGAGGCAGUACAAUGCUAUUGAACUGCCAUGACUGCUCUGCACCAUCUCACAUAAGAUAGGGCAAUGAUGCGAGCCCAAUCCCCCCCCCAUGCUAGCACUAUAUAAAGAUGCGCCAUUGUAGUGCCCACGGACACUUACAGAGGCAUCUGAACCCUAGCAUUCUGGCUCCGAGCCUCCUUCUUGCGCAACAUUUCCAGCUACCCGAUAAUACUCUCCCACUUCGCUUGAAGUGGAUGUGGUUGGAUCGCUCGCUCCGCCAUCAGGGCUUGAGACCCUUGCCGAUCGCAUAUAAGACUUCACUAGUACCGGGUGUAGUAGCAGAUCGUGAAAGAUCAAGAAUACUAAUAAGGAACGAAGCCGAAGUCGGUAUUUGUGUCUUAAGCUAGAGGUGGGCCAUAUCACAGCUGGAGUCGAGAUUGUGAUUUGGAU